CCCCCCCCCACCCCUCCUCUGCCGCGGCCCUCAGCCAGCAGCGGGGCUGGGUUGCCAGGUCUGGGGAGCCGGAGCCGCUUGAUGAAUGGGCUUUGGAAAUGAAUGGAUGAAUUCAGUGCAGCAUAAGGCUUUUCAACACACACACACACACACACACACACACACACACACACACACACACACACACACACACACACACACACACACACACACACACACACACACACACACACACACACACACACACACACACACAAUAGAAAAAAAGUAGCAGGAUUAGACCAUGCUCGGUUUCUGUUCGCCCGGAGGACUUACUGCCAUAAUGCUGCUGAGUGUGAUUGAUGGAGAGAAAUCGGAAGCUAGAAGAGGAGAAGGAUGAGGAAGGUAGCAUCUUCCAUAGAGAGGCUGGGGCCAAGUGUGAGCUUGCGGUUACCCCCGUGGUUCUCCCAGCCGGCAGAGAUGGGAAGUUUGGUUUGUUGUUGGGCAAGUAUGGGUUGGUGCGUCAUACUUUCGUCGCAUGGGGGAGGCUACGCAUUACGCAAGUGUGGUUCCCAUCUGCGUGUUCCUGUGUCUGAAUGUCACAGCCCCACCAAGAGGUGUGGGUUCUGUUGUCUGUGCUCCCGUUCUCAUCGUGGGGAAACAUGACUUUGCUUGCUAGUCUCCCGGUGCGUAUCGUUCACUUGUUAAUGUGCUUCUAUAAGUGGUUGUGUUUUUAGUUUUUGAAAAUCACUAGUUCAUGCUGUCUGACUUUAAACAACCAACCUCUUAAUGUACUUGGUGGUGGUGACUUUAAUAGAAGAUGAAUUGCUGCAAGUGUUGAAUUAAAUAGUCUUUCAGUCUCUCUUACGUUAAUAUUGGUGCAGAUCCUUUGGGGGAAACUCUAGGGCAGACAUUGUUUGUUAGAAGCUAAAACUACAUUUUAUUGUAUAGUGGUGAGCCUCUGCAUCGGUCGCCCGUGAGUGUGUGUCCUCAUUGUGUACGGGACCACCACAGUGGACAGAAAGGGGAUCCAGGAAACUCAUCUCGCACACUAUCUUGUCUAUUACCUCGGCUGGGUUGAUCCCUCUACCUGCCUCUAUACCGUCUUCAAACGUAGUGUGGACCCUUUAUGCUGCCUAUGUCCUAGACUGUCUAUGUCGUCCGUGUUGUGUUUUGAGUGUGUGUUGACCGAAUGAAUAAUUGGCACAAACCGUGUGUUUGAGAAUUUCAAAUAGACUUUCACGUCCCUGUGAGUUGGCUUUGGUUGUUGAGUGCAGAGUCGCUUAUUGGUGUUAAUUUAUAUACAGCAUACCUCUGGUUUUCCAUGUCGAGGCGCUUUUCCCAUUAGAGAAUUACUCAGCCCCAUGAUAUCGUGUUAAUUGAAAAAGAUAUCUGCAGGCAUCAGCUUUCCAGGGUCUAACUAGGUUCAAGUUGAAUCUGUGCAGUUAUCCACCAUCAUUAUCUUUUAUCCUUUAGUUUCGACUUCCCUGGCUUUCUAACUUCCUGAUGACUUUGUUCCUCGGGGAGCGAGGAUAUGACACCGCCACGGGUCAGCUGUGAUGGAGUCUGCCAAGGUUGGCCCGUCAGCAGCCUCCACAGUCAUAUGCCACGCCGAUUAUGGUUUUAAAUGGAGCGCACUUCCACUGAUCCCUUCAUAAUCAUAUCUUUCGCGUUGAACUGACCAUGACCACUUCCCCGUUGUUUUAAUUAUCACAUCACCGUGCACACACACACACACGCACGCACGCGCGCGCGCGCGCGCGCGCGCACACACACACACACACACACACACACACACACACACACACACACACACACACACACACACACACACACACACACACACACACACACACACACACACACACACACACACUGAACUGAACUGAACUGAACUGAACUGAACUGAACUGAACUGAACUGAACUGAACUGAACUGAACUGAACUGAACUGAACUGAACUGAACUGAACUGAAACUUGAGGGUGUCGUCGGUUGAGGAGUCGUAUCCAUUACGCACGCCGUCCUUGGACCUGGAGCACCGUUUGCGGUUCAGUCUGCGAUGUCAGGCUUCCAAUGACGUCAGUGCUCAGUAGGCCUAAAUAUUUUGCGUGUAUGAAUACAACUUCAUGCCCAUAUCAAACACAAGCAAGCCAUAGCCCUACAGACUCUAAUCAAUACUGUAGAAGUACUUGAAUACAUAUAUUUAUUCUUUUUUUUUUUUUUUUACAAAAAAAUUAAGCAAGUGCAAACCUGUGGAACAAUGUGGUGAAGUGAAAAUGUUUGUUCAUUCAGAUGUGUUGUUCUGGUGCAAUGUGUGAUUGAUUUAUUUAGACACCUGCAAUUUCCGUGCAGGUUUGAAUCAAUUUUAAAACGCUGAUCCUUCCUUGUUGAUUUGUAUCAAAAUAAAUAUAUUCUACUAUAAACCUUUCAUUGUUUUGCCUUGUAUUAUUUAUAAUGGUGUUAUUGGUCGAGGUCAGCAUGCUGAUAAAAUGUUAGCCUUUACCAUAUCCUGCCAUUUAAACCAAUAUGAUAUUGUCACACUUUAAUUGCAUAGGCCUAGUUAUAUAUGGCUCUUACUAACAUUAAGGUCUAGAUUUGGAUUUUAGAUGAGAAAGAAUCGGUGUCGGCGUGCGUUAAAGCGCGCCCCCCUCCGACUCAAAUAUUGGGGACACCUAUCGUCGGGGUAGGGAGCGCGCAUCUUCUGUGCUCGAAUUCACCGAGCAGCACUCACGGUUACCGUGUGCUCCCGGAGAUCUGGGCGAGGGGAGCCAGUGGUCAGAACAGAGACGGAGUGGGAGAAAGAUGGAGGUUAGGUUUUGUGGGAGACUUAUGUGCUUGGCCGCGUUGUUCACUGUCCUAUGUGUCGCGUCUGUCUUCGGGAAACACGUCAAAGGCAUCGUCAACACCAAAGAGGACUGGGUUUUCCUCACACGCUUUUGCUUUCUAACUACAGAAGGACGCCUUGACUUCCGGUUCCGCUACUCAAAGUCUCGCUGCUGUCAGAACAUAUUGCUCUACUUUGAUGACAGCUCUCAGUGGCCAGCUGUGUACAAGAAGCCCGAUAAGAACUGUUACCAGAAGGAGGAGGUGCUCCGACCAGAGAACAACCAGGUCAUCAACCUCACCACACGCUACACCUGGUCUGGCUGUGUGGUGGAGGAGGAUGGGGACGAGGAGGUGCUCAGCUGCGUGGGCGGACGUAGUUUCCGCUCCGUCAGGGAGAGGUGGUGGUACAUUGCGCUCAGCAAGUGUGGGGGCGAGGGCCUACAGCUGGAGUAUGAGAUGAAACUAACCAACGGACAGUCCUUCUGGACCAAGCAUUUCUCCGCGGAUGAGUUUGGGAUCCUGGAAACGGACAUCACUUUCCUGGUUAUCUUCUCCCUGGUGUUCCUCCUGUCCUGCUACUUUGCCUACAAUCUGAAGGGAAGACAGCUCUUCCACACAACCUACAAGAUGUUCAUGACAGCGGCAGGUGUUGAGGUCCUCAGUCUGGUGUUCCACUGUAUCUACUGGGACCUCUACGCCCAUGAUGGCAUUGGCAACGGCAGUCUGAAGUUAAUGGGGAAAUUAUUGUUUUCCGUCAGUUUCUUGGUGUUCCUGCUUAUGCUGAUACUGCUGGGAAAAGGUUUCACUGUCACAAGAGCGAGGAUAAGUCCCAGUGGCUCUGUGAAGCUGAGCAUCUACAUGACAGUCUACACCAUCACCUACAUCAUCCUCUUCAUCUACGAGGCUGAGUUCUUCGACCCGGGGGAGGUGCUGUACGCCUACGACAGCCCCGCGGGCUACGGCCUGAUGGGCCUUCAGCUGCUGGCCUACGUGUGGUUCUGCUACGCCGUCCUGGUCUCCCUGAAGCACUACCCGGAGAAGCAGCCCUUCUACAUCCCCUUCUUCACCACCUACACACUCUGGUUUUUUGCAGUGCCGGUCAUGGCUCUGAUCGCAAACUUUGGGAUUUCUCGGUGGGCUCGGGAGAAGAUUGUGAACGGCAUCCAGCUGGGCAUCCACCUCUACGCACACAUAGUGUUUCUGGUGAUCACAAGGCCUUCCGCGGCCAAUAAGAACUUCCCGUACCACGUGCGGACCUCCCAGAUCGGCAUCCUGCUCUCCAGCCCGGUGGGGGAGGCAACGGGGGAGGGGUUCCCUCACCACGCCUACGGGAACAGCUCCUUCCUGGGCGACUCGCAGCCCAACUUCACAGAGCUCUUCUCCAUCCAGUCGGAUCCUGUGAAGACGGUGGAAGAGAUGGUGGCCCGCAAUGGCAAAGAGGUGGCGCGGAACAAGGAGCAGAAGAUCAUCACCACCGCCGCCGACUUGCUGUCUGAGUUGCCGCCACCCCCUCCUCCGCCCCCUCCGCCCAUCCCCCCCCGCCUGUCCGCUCGCUCCUCCUUCACAGAGUACUUCAGCAUGCAGGGUGGGGGCGGAGGGUCUUUGGGGACCAAGGCAUAA